UCCAGUUUUUCCAGGAAAUCAGCAGCCCUAGGUGGUACGCAUUGCGAUACCGCCUGACGGACCGAGAGAGACAAUCUCGCACCUGUCUAUAGUUGCUACCUUAGAAGUAUGGCAACCAAAUAUGUCUCUAGUUUAUGUUGGAAAAAGUUCCUUAACUUGGUCUUCGUCUUAUUUCUACUAACACCCGCCGUAGUAAACUUCUGGCGAGGAACAUGGUAUUUGUUCGACCUUUUCCUUUUUCCUGGUGACGCAGUUGUCAGUGCCAUAGUUGGGGCCACUGCGAGUUUCGGAGUGAUUUUCAUGAUAACAGCAAUAGAGGAUCAUUUAAAGAAAUUUCUAAACGGUGCGAAAGCGAAAAAUGCAUUGUUUCGCGUUCUUAUUUACCUUCUGUCGAUCUUGUGCGUCGCUUCAUGGAGAGGUCUGUGGAUGAUAGUGGAUUAUUACACUACUAAUUCUUCUACAAGCGCCGGUGUUUCCCAUGGAAUUGGAUUCUUUAUUGUUUUGAUGUUGAACACGCCGAGAUCUAUAAUCGCUGUUCCAGGUUACUGCGUCAGUGAGAGACAGACUGAACCAUCAGAAGUAAUUCUUACCGUUAAGCAUUGUUUAAGAAGCAAGACAGCAUGUUACUCACGGAUAUGGAAUAGUUUUGUGACCGUCUUUAUUAUUGGUGCGGGUGUUAUAGUGUAUUGGAGGGGGACAUGGAUAAUCGUGGCUAGUGUGACAUGGCCAUGUGGGUCGAAAUUUAAAUCUUCAGUCCUUGCUUUAGGCCUGGGGUAUGCUGUAUUCUUUGCAUGCUAUUUCAUGAGCGAGUACUUGUUGUCCUCUGAAUUAUACAUGGCACAUGUCUUGUUGCUGCGGGCCAUGCAGACGGUUGUGGAGAAAAGCUUCGUUUACCUACUGGGGUUUGGAGUUGUGGCUUCAUGGCAGGGCAUAUGGCACUUGAUGGAUGUAUACCUUUUACCAGAUCAGCCUAUAGUCAGUGCCUUGGUAGGGCAUUUUGUUGCUGCUGGUGUCCUCUUUCUCUUUCAAGGAAGUCUUAACCUACUUAGUGCUCCUGCCACCUGUGCAAUUUCUGACGAGUUAAUGCUUCAUGGGUUUCAUAUGGGGAACUUUUUAAAAAUAAGGUCUGAAAGCUCUAAAGCUGGUGAAAACUAUUCACUAGAGUACCAUCUUCCUGAAGAAAAUGCGAAUUCUAGCUAUGCUGAGAUUUUGUAUAUGAGUACUAUAUAUAAAAGUAACUAACUGCCAAUUUUGUAACUGUCAGUAAAUUGAUAAAUAUUUAUUUAGUUCAAAAUGACUAAAAUGAAACACGCAUGAUUCCCUGUUACGCUGAGUUUCAUGCUUACACACUCAUCAGACAGAUUUAAUGAAAACAUUCCUGUAGGCUAAUUUAUAUAUACAAGAAAAAAAGGUAGCUGCUGAUUACAAUAGGUUGUUGUUAUAUAAUAGCUGAGAAAAAGCGAAAAUUACAAUGGGUGUGGAUGUAUUAAUGAGAGACAAUGAGGCAGUAGGUGUGAAUAUAUUGACUAAAGUCUAUUGUAGCAGGGAGGUGUCAUAUGUUCUUUAGAUAAAACUUGUUUCUGUGAUGGCAUUUGGAUAUAAGUUCGGAUCUUUUAUUCAGCAAGUUGUUGCUGUUGAACUUAGUAAUCAUGAGUUUUUCAGUCAGGCAAAGGUUGCAUCUUUUCGUCAUGUUGUUGUAAGGCCUGGCUCUUGCAAUAAUGGACCAUUUUAUGUAGAAGUUUAUUGAGUUGUCCUUCAGUUGCCAGAUGUAUUUGGAUAGUUCAGUGUUGUUAGUGUAUUUUCUGUGUUGGAAUGUAAUCUUGUGUUGAUUAAAUCUUUGUUUAAAAGUUCCUUUGGUCAGUCCAAUGUAAUUCCUAGGGGUCGUUUUGUUAUCUGUGGUGGUGAUUUGUGCAUUGUAGAUAAUGCUGGAAGACAGGCAAUUGUUGUUGAGCGGGCACUGUUCUUUAGAUCUGCAGUUGCAAAGGCUUUCAUUGUUGUCAUGGUUGUUGUUGUUAGAUAGUACAUUUUUUGUUAUGUUUUUUGAUAAUCAAUCCCAUGUUCUCCAUACAACUGUAGCUGACCUUUACGUUGUUCUUGUUGAAUAAACUGUGGUAUUUGUGAUGUUUUGGAAAAUGCUUCGAUACCAGUCUAAGAAAUGUUUUGCUGAUGUUUGUUUGUACGUUGUUACUAAAAGGAGGGUUGUACCAGAUAAUGUUUCUUUGUUGGGUUCUUCUGGGUCGAGUGGUCUGUCUGUGCUUGUUGUUGGUUAGAGUUUUCGUAUGUCUGCUGGAUUUGUUUAGCAUUAUUUUAUUUAUUAUAUAUUAUUAUUUUAUUUAGCAUUUUCUUUGCAUGAAUGUUGCAUUUAUUACAGAUUUUAGUUAUGGUAAAUAUGAAAAGGUUACUAGCAUUAUUAGCUCUGAAAAUUAUUUAAUACCGUAAUUAAUAAGUCAUAAAGCAUCUUCCCUGUAUAGAUAUUGCAUUUAUGUUGAAGGUUAAUACUGUUAAGUUAUAAAAGCUGUUAUCAACUGUUCAAAAUUGCUCAAUUUUUGAAAGUCACAACCCUUCAAAAGUGGCAUAUUCAAAAGAAAAAUAUGCCUAUGCUAUUAAGGAAAUCAUUGAUAGAAACAACUCUUAUAGGUUAGAGUGGAUGAGCAAAACCUUAAACUUAAUCAAAUGAAGGAAAUUGGAAUUCUAAAUAGCUUUGAUUAGGGAAAAUGAGAAUUACUUGACAAAAAAUCCUGAAAAGUGUUUUUACUCUCACUUACCAACUGAGAAGUCAUUAGUGUAGGCAGCAAGGCCAUACACAAUGUUAUAAUGUAACAAAGAUCAACAAUGUUAAGUUGAUGGUAAAGGUUUUAGGCUCACUUUCUCAUAGAGAGGUGUUGCUCAAAUUUCUUUCAACUCUGCUUAGUCUUGUUCUGGUUCAUUUUUUACUCACCAAAAGCCUUUACUGCUGAGAGUGACUAGCAUUUAAUUUCUCCUUACAGUUUUACCCCUAAAUCAUCCAUUAAGUUCAUGAGAAAAGAGGAAAUGAUCACCAAAUAAAGACACUCUUGAUUACCAUACAAUUCUCCUUGUCAGCACCUUAGGAUGUUUAUAGAGAACAGCAUGGAGAAUAUGCAUAUUGAUAUUAGGGUACAAAUGGUUAACCCUGAAAUAUGUGACAGGAAAAAGGUACUAAAUUUGAAAGUUUGAUGAGGGUUGUUACCUCUGAACUAUUUGAAAGUUAAGAGGGCUCUUUUUCUAUUUGUGCCAACAAACUCUGUUUUUUUUUCCCCAUAAUUCUGGCAUUGUAGAAAGUAAUAGAGUAGGUUAUUUUCUGAUUUGAUAACAAUGCUUUCUUCUUUAUAUUGACAAAAGUGAUGUUGCAUAUGUAACAGAAAAACACCUUUUCAGUUCCGAAGGAGAUUUUUAAGAUGUGUAUUAUUAGAAUUAUCUUCUAAAACCACCACUGGUUUCUUUUAAUGUAUGUUAAGAAAAAUUGAUAUAUACAUGUUUUCUUUGUGAAAGUGCAGUGAGCCAAAUAAAACUUAAUCCUUUACACCC